CAUACCAAAACCACCAUCCACCACCUUCAAAUUCGGUGACACAAUUCAAGCACAAUAACCGCCAUUAUUAUCGAUCUACUUUGCAACCUUAGCUUAGCUUGACCCAAAAUAUAAUAUAAUGGCAGAUUAUUAUUAUGAGAGGGAGCUUGACAUGUUGCCUGAGGACUGCAUUUCCUCUAUUUUGUCUCGCACCUCCCCGCUCGACGCUUUCCACCUAUCUUUAGUCUCCUCAACUUUCCGGUCAGCCGCCGGAGCCGACUCCGUCUGGGAACGAUUCUUGCCGUCCGAUUAUGCCCAAAUCGUCGCCAAGUCCACCGUGCCGUUGAAGUUUUCGUCCAAGAAGGACCUCUUUCUGCAACUUUGCAACUCUAUCCUCAUUGAUCACGGUAACAAGAGUUUUGCAUUGGAAAAGUCAACUGGCCUAAAGUCAUAUAUGCUGUCUGCAAGGGAGCUCUCAAUUCGAUACGGUCACGCAUCUGACCAUUGGGCAUGGAAAUACAUCCCGGAGUCAAGGUUUGCAGAAGUGGCUGAACUGAAAACGAUAUGCAGGCUAGAAAUCCAGGGGAAAAUAAGAACAGAGACGCUAUCUCCCAACACAAAAUACGGCGCCUAUAUGGUCAUGAAAAUGACGGACGGGGCAUUUGGGUUGGACGCGAUACCAUGCGAGAUGUCAGUGGCGGUGGGCAACGACGAUGACCAGCUAGAAACCACCGCCGGCACGGCGUAUUUGCGGAAGCCGGCGGAGGUUGCGGCGAAACAGUGGUUGGAAUAUGCUCUCUACAGGAACAGAAAGGAGAAGUUGAAAUCGCGUGUUAACGGCGGCGGGGAGGAGAGACAGUUGCGGGAGAGGGGCGAUGGGUGGAUGGAGAUUGAGGUGGGAGAGUUUUUUGCCGGAGAGGAGAAUGAAGGAGAAGUGACGAUGAGAUUCACGGAGGUCAAUGGUUGUCACGUUAAAGGAGGGCUUGUUAUAGAAGGUAUUGAAAUCAGGCCUAAGCAUUAGGAAUUCUUUUAUUUUUAUUUUUCAAACUUUACUUCUUUGGAAAAGUAAUGGUAGAUUGUAGACAUUUGGUAGUGCAAUAUAUUUUGGCAAAACAUGGAAAUUUGAAAAAA